UGUUCUUGCUGCCAAAGCAGCUGUCAAUAUUUAAUGAGUUACGAGCCGAGAAAUUAAUUAGUUACCACCCCUACCAGAUGUAGGCAAGUCCGACAGAAAUUGCUUUACACAUACGAUUUGUACACUGAGGUUUCUGCAAUAUAGACACUUUAUAUACGCGCGCACACAGACACACACACACACACACACACACACACACACACUUUCCACACAACAUAUAUCCAAUUACACACAACAUAUAUCCAAUUACACAGCACACAUAUUGAAUUGAAAAAAGCCCCUCCACACAAGCUCAUUAUCUAUAAACACACAAAACUCAAUACACGUAUAGAUAAGCUCUCUAUGACUGCAUUCAUUCUGUAUGUGUGCACACUUUACAUAAAUUUGGUCUAUUAUAUGCUGACCAGAAUCAGUGUUUUUUAAAUUCUGUCUGCAGAGAGAGCCAGACACAAUCAGUUAUCCCCAUGUCACUUUCUGACGUCCAACAGGUAAAUGAUCCAGUUCCAACUGAACACACACAUGUACAAGAAAGCAUGAGACCAGCUUCAUUAAUGGUGUGACCAGAGGGAUUGACAUGGAAGGAGUUUAAAGGAUGAUUUGGUUCUCUUUACUCAGAGUGGUAAGGGCGUGGAAUGCCCUGCCUGCCAAUGUAGUUAACUCAGGAGAGUUUGACAAAAACAAACAGAGUCCAAAGAAACUGAAGGGUCAAGACGAGUCAGCUAAUUCUGAGUCUCACGUUGCUGUUGCUGAGGAGGAAGACGGGAUCCCAAUUUCCACAUCAGGGCUGCUGCAGGUGGUAGAGAGAAGGCAGCCUCUCAGCAGUGUCUCAUCUCUCGAGGUACACUUCGACCUCAUGGAUCUGACUGAACUCACAGACAUGUCUGAUCAGGAACUUGCAGAGGUGUUUGCCGAUUCUGAUGAUGAGAAUCCAUCACAUGAUUCACCUACAGAACUGAGCCAACCAUUGAUGUAUCCAAUCAUCUCAUGUGGAACACAUUUAAAAUCUCCUUCAUGGACAAGAGCAAAGACUGAGCAGAGUAAGGACAGGAAGCACCCAGGUGAUCCAGAUGUUCCAUUAGAGAUGUCAGAUCAUUUUCACACAAUUGAAACACACAAAAAACACUAAGGACAAGAUUGGACCUCGCUUCAGCAAAAUGUACAGUGCUGAAAAUUUCUGCUGCCUCAUUGAUGGUUAUUCUCCUCCUCAACAUUCUUCAGAUUGUAACUAAAUUAAGUAGAUUUGCCCCAACUGUCCCUACAGUGAAUUACAUGAUCUCUACAGUGUCAGUGAAGGAUUUUUACUCUUAGGUCACCAAAGCUCUGAAGAUUAAAGUAUUAACCAUUGCCCAUUUUCAUGCUGUUGGUACCAUGCAUGGGCCAAUGAUGUAACCUUCUUACUUCCUCAAGUAACUCAAAUCAGACAGAUUUAUAAGUUUCUAGAAAAUUCAAUUUGCAACAGAAAAGAAUUAUAUGUGGUUUUGUAGAUCUGCAGCCAGUAGCAAUCAAGCCUUGUCUAACUAGGAACAUUUGUUUUUAAUUAGCUACUGUAGUGGUUUAAAUCUAAUAAAUUAUCCAUUUCGCCUCAUUUCAGGAUUAGAUAAAAAUGUUGACACAGACUGCUGCAUGCUGUUCACAGCAAGAUUAAUGGGAGUGUGUGCAGGUAAUGAAUGCCCAACAGGAAAAUUAUACCAAUACAAAUGUCAAUGAAUAUGAAAUGUCUCACCCAUGACAAUAUUUGAGGAAGGUUUCCACUUAAAGUACCAAUGAGUGUCUGUUAUGUUUUCUGGAAUGAAACACCAGGAUAAGAGAGAUAUUUUGUAUAUUUUACAGGUAACAUCUCUGAGCAGAAUUUCUGUACCAAACAUAUUGGAUCCUGAUAAAUUCCAUUUAAGAUUUAUUAGCACUGCAAUUACGAUUUGUUCUAUAGAAUAAAACCACCAUAAAUCAUUAGUUUUCCUUUUUAGCCCCUACACUGAAUUUAUGAAAUAUUUAUAUCUUUCAAUGAUUUAAAUGAAUUGUGCUACAAGUUUCGAAUUUCAAAAACAACGCACUCAAAAGAGAAAAAGGCCAAGCUGAGCUAAAUGACUAACUCAGAUUCCAUGUGAUUCACACACUUAGACAAAGAAAUUUGUGUUGAAAGUUUUCAUUCCUGUUGUACAAUAGCCAUUACCUACAAACCAAAAUAUUGCACUACUUGAAACUAACAAUUAAACUGACUAAGUCUGAUUCCCAACUUCAAUUUAUCCUGAUAAAUUAGGAUUUGACAUGAAAAAGUAGCUCUUACAUUCUCUCAAGAAGAUGCUAGCUUCCCCUCCACAUAAUUUAAAUGUUUUAGCUGGAUUUAUGUGGUGUAUCAAAUGAAGUAGAUUGUUUUAGUUUAAAGCGUAUAAUAGCACUCAGAAAAUACGUCAUGAACAGACGAAUGGCGAUUUGCUGUCUGAUGAACUGCCUUAGUUCAGGAAAUUCUAUACGUUUUUAUUUGCAAGUUUUAAAUUACUUUCUUCAGAUUCACAAAUAAUCCUAAAAUACUAAUCAUUUUGUACAUUGUUUCCUUAAAGUGUUACUAUUAUGUA